UUAGCUAGCUGCGUCAGGCUAACACCGGUUAGCAUAAAUCGGUUGUGAGAUUCACGCGCUGUUUGUGACGGAAACAUGAGUAACGGAAUAAAGUCUGAGAUCACGUGCUUGCUGCGUUCGUUACACGAUCCGCUGUAUGUAGCCCGAUUCCAGAGAAUCUGCGGGGUGCGGGGAGCAUUCAACCCCAGUCCAGCAGCAGAAGCUGGGGGUGAUGGAGAAGGGAGCGCUGGAGACCCAUGGAGGAGAGCGGACGUCCAGGAGAAAGAGAAACAGGACCUGUGUAGAAACGGAACACUGAACGGUAAAGCUGGAGAAAGUGUACACACCCGACACUCAUCAACCCCAAGUCCUUCUAACGGAUCUGCCCUAGGUUCUGGUAAGGAGGGACCCACUUACUCUCGAGGACCACUUCGCAAGAACUCACUGACAGGAGAUGUUGGCCAUGCGUUUGAAAUUGAAAACAGGUUUCUCUAUUACUUGUUCACUCUGGGGACAGAACUAGGCAACGAGCUGUUCUACAUCAGCUUCUUUCCAUUCAUGACAUGGAAUGUGGACCCCUUGGUGGCUCGGCAGCUGAUUGCGCUCUGGGUUUGGGUUAUGUACCUGGGACAGUGCACGAAGGACUUGGUGCGAUGGCAACGGCCAGCUUCGCCUCCUGUUAUCAAGCUGGAGGUGUUCUAUGCCUCUGAGUACAGCAUGCCAUCUACUCAUGCCAUGUCUGGUACCGCCGUGCCACUUGGAAUAUUUCUACUGACCUACGGGCGUUGGGAGUUUCCAUACCUCCUGGGACUCACUCUGGCUCUCACCUGGAGCAUACUGGUGUGUGUGAGCCGUGUCUACAUGGGCAUGCAUUCUGUGCUGGACGUGAUUGUUGGUUUCCUCUUCAGCCUACUCAUCCUGACCUUCUUCUACCCGGUGCUGGAGUACAUUGACGCGUUUAAUCUGACAUGCCGCUACUCUCCCAUCCUGGUCAUCUCUCUCCACGCUGCGCUGGGGCUUUUCUCCUUCACCCUGGACACGUGGAGCACCUCACGUGGCGACACGGCCCAGAUUCUGGGCACGGGAGCGGGGAUCGCCGUGGCGUCGCACCUUAACUACCAGUUGUCUCGGAUCAUAGAUCCUCCAGCUUCUAUGCUGCCCAUGCAGGUGCCAUCCCUCACUGUGGGUCUUCUGGGACUCACUUUGCUCCGAUUCGUGCUUGGUCUGUUGAUGCUGAUUGCAACAAGAGCUAUCAUGAAAGCUCUUACAAUCCCAUUGGUGUGCUGGGCUUGUGGAAUCUCCAGCCAAGAUGUUCGCAAAGCCAGGCAGCACAUGCAGGUCGAACUUCCAUACAGAUAUAUCGUCUACUGGACUGUUGGUUUCAGCGCUUUUUUUCUUGUGCCCUUCAUUUUUAGUUGUAUUGGCCUGUCCUAAUUGGACACUGGGCAGGCAUUUAUCCAGGUUUUAGCCAAGGCCAGAAAAAUCCCAGUAAUUCCUUUUAAUCCCAUCAGGAAUUUGGUUUUGAAAUGCUUCAUAUUUAUGUCAUCCGUCUUCUUUCCCAAAGCAGUAACUUCCAAACAAAAGUAUGUAGCACAUU